AUGUCGCUCCAGGUCAGGGGUCCCGAUUUCUCGGUGACCAAACAGAAGGCCCUUGAAGAUGCAAAGAAGAUGCAAGCCGCGGUAGAUGAGGAAGUGACCAAGGCAGGCCAGGACAAACCGCCCUACCUUCUCAAUGAGCUCAUCGGAAAAGGAAGUUUUGGCCGCGUCUACAAAGCUACCGAUAUUAAUACGAGUAUGCUCGUCGCAGUCAAGAUUAUUGACAUCGAAGAGAGCGACACCGUCAACCCCAAGCUUGCCGACACAUUCAAGGAAUUUCUGGCUGAGGUCAAUGCCCUGAAGUUACUUAGUGACAGUGGUGCAAAGAACAUAAACCACGUCAUCGAUGCCUUGCCAGUCGGCCAGUCUAUGUGGAUGAUUACUGAGUACUGUGCUGGUGGUAGUGUGGCAACGCUCAUGAAGCCAACAGCCCCCGGCGGUCUGCAAGAGAAAUGGAUCAUUCCAAUUCUGAGAGAGGUUGCUGAGGCUGUUUUUUGGGUUCACCGUCAGGGAAUCAUUCAUCGAGACAUUAAGUGCGCCAACGUUCUUGUCACCGAAGCUGGUGGGGUGCAACUCUGCGAUUUUGGAGUUGCUGGUGUGAUCGAGACAAAGUUCGACAAACGAUCAACAUUUAUAGGCACGCCUCAUUGGAUGGCACCUGAGCUUUUUGAUCAGUCGACUUCAUACGGUACAGAAGUGGAUAUUUGGGCGUUCGGCUCCAUGGUGUAUGAAAUCGCUUCUGGUCUUCCGCCAAACGUCAUGGCAGGAGUUGAUGUAUACCAACUCGGAAACUACAUCAAAGCGCAUACUCCUCGGUUAGAUGGUGACCAAUAUUCUGAACAACUGAAGGAUCUGGUGGCAUACUGCUUGGAAGAGGAUCCUUCCAAACGACCAACGAUCGAAGAGGUACAAAAGCAUCCCUACAUCGCCAAUACAACCCCGCAGUAUCCAGCCUCAUCGCUCGCGCUACUAGUCAGAGGUUUCAAAUUAUGGGAGUCGCAAGGUGGCAGCCGGAAGUCUCUUUUUGCCCCGGGAGGGGCUCAAGGGAUUUCCGGCAUGGAUGAUUCUGAUUUCUCCUCUACUGCGCUCGCAAACGACGAAUGGAAUUUCAGCACGACCAUGGCUUUCGACCAACAAGUCUUCCAAGACACAGAUGCUCAGGCUGUCUACGAUGUGUAUGGCUCAAAUGUAGACUUCGAUCCUGGGUUUUUAGACGAAAUGUCGAGAGCUAAGCCGAAGGGACGGAGAAGACCACCGCCUCAACAACUUGCUGCCAUGAAGGCCCCCCUUGAAAAGGUUUUCGACCCGAAUACUAUAUCCAAUUAUGAAGACAACUCUCGGGCUUAUUAUGGGAGGCCGAUGCCCCCGCCAACUUCAGAUCUUCCGCUCAGGGACGAUUCUCUCCAGUCAAUGACUGUAAGGGAAUCUCUCAUUGAUCUUGACGCUUCUCUCAAUGGUAGUAAUCUCGCCAAUUUUGUGGAUAUGAACACCAUUCGAGCUGGGGGGCCACGUGUAUCUGUCGAUUACCAUAUGGGAGACGAGCCGGACUUCAAUAAGCCGCCUUUGAGUGACCCAGCCGAUUUGAAUCCGAACAGAAGGACACAAGACUGGAAAUUCCCUUCCAUGGCGCCACCGGCAUCUGCAAACCCUGAAAUGUCUAGGUUUCCUUUCAACGACGACCGCUCUGGGCCAAGUUCGGCAUCCCGACCGCAGAUGUUCCAUCACCAGACUGAUCCUGUUCCCGCCCCUAAUUAUGGCGGUGACCUGAUGGUCCCCCGGUCGAACUCUCAGAUGAACAAUAGAGAAUCAUCUGGAAGCUUAAUCGACCUCGACGAGCUUAUGGUUCCGCAAACAAAUAACCAAGACAAUCGCAUAUCGACUGGCAGCCUGAUUGACCUUGAUAUGGGUCUGGCAGACCCAAUGCCGGAACUCACUCGUCCUUCUACGGCCAAUUCCGACGCCGUCUCCGUGAGUGGUUCGGAUAUUGGUCUCGCUAACCCUUUUGAUCUGGAGCGACAUGCUUCCUUGUACGUCCCGGUGUCCAAUCGAGAGCCUUCUAUUUACGUUCCUGCGGGCAAUCGGGAACCUUCCAUCUAUGUUCCCACAUCAAACAGGGAGCCCUCGAUAUAUGUCUCCGACGAUUCUGACUUUGCGUCGCGAAUCCCCAAGGAUGAUGAUCUAGGUCUCGUCGAUCUUAACCUAGCUGACCCAAGUGCCACGGUUCGCCCUUCUAAUGCCCAAUCUGGUCUACGACUUAACACCCACCAGUCGUUCAAUAGUGCCGACUAUUCAGAUCCAGAGUUCUUGACUCCCCAGCAAGCCGCACAGCCUGCUUUCCCUCCUGGGGUUCCGCGAUCGACAAAUCGCGGAUCUCUACCGUUACCACCCCCUCCGGCACCGCCCUCAGUAGAGGUAAUGCAGGGCUCGGCCAGCGCGGAUGCGGUAAAGGAAGAGUUAAGAAGAAUGGCGAUGAGCUUGGGCGAGCAUCUAAGCCACGCAAAUCAGUAUCUAUCCACAUUGCCUGUACGCAAGGGUGGAAGGCAGGACCUGAUGGGUGACACGACGUAA